CGGUGGAGGCGGCGGCCAUCUUGGCUGCGGAGCGAUGAACGGGGCCAACCCGAAGGCUGCGGCCGCGGGGUCGGCUGCGGGGCCCGGGGGGCUGGUGACUGCAAAGGAGGAGAAGAAGGCGGGCGGCGGCGUCCUGAACCGGCUCAAGGCACGGCGGCAGGCGCCCCAGCACGCGGCCGGCGAGGGCGUCGGGGCCGCGGUCACGGAGCAGGAGCUGCUGGCUCUGGACGCCAUCCGGCCCGAGCACGUCCUGCGCCUCAGCCGAGUCACCGAGAAUUAUUUAUGUAAACCUGAAGACAACAUCUACAGUAUUGAUUUCACACGCUUCAAAAUUCGAGAUUUGGAGACAGGGACAGUGCUUUUUGAAAUUGCCAAACCUUGUGUUUCAGACCAGGAGGAAGAAGAAGAGGAGGAGGGUGGAGAUGUGGAUAUCAGUGCAGGGCGUUUUGUCCGUUAUCAAUUCACGCCAGCCUUUCUCCGCCUCCGGACAGUUGGGGCUACGGUGGAAUUCACAGUGGGAGACAAACCUGUGUCAAACUUCCGGAUGAUUGAACGGCACUAUUUCCGGGAACGCUUGCUGAAAAACUUUGACUUUGAUUUUGGCUUCUGCAUCCCCAGCAGUAGAAACACUUGUGAACAUAUCUAUGAGUUUCCUCAGCUUUCGGAGGAUGUCAUUCGUCUGAUGAUUGAAAAUCCUUAUGAGACCCGCUCUGACAGCUUCUACUUUGUUGACAACAAGCUGAUCAUGCACAACAAGGCUGAUUAUGCCUAUAAUGGAGGCCAGUAACUGCUGCAGGAGUAAACAGGGGAGGUGCUUUGUUGCAGCCACAGGAUCCUGGCACACGGAGGUGACUGAAGAUGCAAUUUUUCAACACACAUCUGGAACCUAGCCCCAGGAAGCCAAGGGGUGGCAGUUUCCUGUGCUCCAAGGGAGGUGCCAAGCAGUGCUGUGUUUUCUUCUCCAGUAUUUUUUUUUCCCUUUUCCCCCUGCUCCUUAGGUCACAGAGGUACUACAGUAAAGAAAAGAUAAGGAUAAGCCUCCUGGAAUCCAGAUAAAAAAAGUUAAUUUU